CAAGGGGCCCCCCCGCGAUGUCCCCUCGGCCCCGCAGUGUUUGCCCAGCCGGAGGGGGCGGGGGCUGCGGGGGGAUAUAAACGGGGCCGAGGGGCGACCCUAAAACUGAACACGCACCUGAACAGCGAUGAGAGCCCCCCUGGUCGCCCUCCUGCUCCUGCUCUGUGUCCACCUCGGGGCCGCCCUGGUCCGACGGGAGGCCCCCGAGGGUGACACCCCCGAAGCUGCCCCCGAAACCACCGACUUCUUCAGCCGCCACUUCCAGUCCCUGAGCGACUUCAUGACCCGGGAGCUGCCCCAGAAGCUGCAGGCGGAGCAGCUCCGCAGCCAGGCCGAGCAGUACCUGGACAGGGCCAACAAGCAGCUGGCACCGCUGGCACAGGAGCUGAAGAGCAACGUCCUCGGGCUCUUCUCGUCCCUGCUGGACCUGGGCAAGAGCGAGGGGCAGGCCUGAGGGCCAAGACCACCGGGCAUGAACCCCCAAGGAGACGCUGAGCCCGUUGUGGGACCCCCAAUAAAGCCCUGAGCCCGUAAAUGGGACCCCCGAAUACAUCACUGAACCCUUUGGGCAACGGACCCCCAAUAAAGCCCUGAGCCCACCACUGUGGCACUGUGCCCCCUAAUAAAAGCCUGAGCCCCUCGUGGUGGGAUUGGACCCCCC